AACGACUGACUGAUGGUGUGUGUCGGUGUAGCUGAGUCGAUGCCAGUCCUGUAAUGCGUUAAAUGCAAAGCGAUGGGAAUCGAGCAGUCAUGUCUGUGCAGAGAAGUGUGUUAGUUUUGCUCGCGCUGACCGGAUUACUAGCACCGGGUGUGGCUCUGAAGUGUAACUGCACUAACUGUGAGAAGAGCGGCUAUGAGUGUGAGACCGAUGGCGCCUGUAUGGCCUCCACCUCCUACAUUAAGGGUCAGGAGCAGCACGUGCGCAUCUGUAUCCCACGAGAGAGUCUUAUGCCGCCUGGGCAGCCCAUCUACUGUCUGAGUGCAGAGGGGGUGCUCAAUACACACUGCUGCUACACCGACUACUGCAACAGCGUCGACCUGCAGGUCCCCAAUGGAGUUCCUGAGGCCAAGAGCUGGACUGGCUCAGUGGGUACCUGGGGUCCGGUGGAACUGGUGGCUGUGAUCGCAGGACCAGUGUUUGUUUUUUGCCUGCUGCUGAUCGUUGGUGUGUUCCUGUACCAGCACCACCAGAGGAACUACAACCAUCGGCACCGCCUAGACGUGGAGGAUCCGUCCUGUGAGCACCUUUACCUGGCCAAGGACAAAACGCUGCAGGACCUUAUCUUCGACCUGUCCACCUCAGGCUCUGGCUCUGGUCUACCGUUGUUUGUACAGAGGACGGUGGCGAGGACCAUCGUGCUGCAGGAGAUUAUAGGGAAGGGUCGCUUUGGGGAGGUGUGGCGGGGAAAAUGGAGAGGAGGCGACGUAGCCGUGAAGAUCUUCUCCUCCAGAGAGGAACGCUCCUGGUUCCGUGAGGCAGAGAUCUACCAGACCAUUAUGCUUCGACAUGAGAACAUCCUGGGCUUCAUCGCUGCGGACAACAAAGACAACGGCACAUGGACUCAGCUGUGGCUGGUGUCGGACUACCACGAGCACGGCUCACUUUUUGACUAUCUGAACCACUACUCGGUCACUAUUGAAGGCAUGAUUAAGCUGUCCCUGUCUGCUGCCAGUGGACUUGCCCACCUUCAUAUGGAGAUCCUCGGCACACAGGGUAAACCUGGCAUCGCGCACAGAGACCUGAAAUCUAAAAACAUUCUGGUAAAGAAGAACGGCACGUGUGCUAUUGCGGAUCUGGGUCUGGCUGUACGCCAUGAGUCCGUCACUGACACCAUUGACAUCGCCCCGAAUCAGAGAGUGGGCACAAAGAGGUACAUGGCUCCAGAGGUGCUGGAUGAAACCAUCAACAUGAAGCAUUUCGAUUCGUUUAAGUGUGCUGAUAUCUACGCUUUAGGACUGGUGUACUGGGAGAUCGCCAGAAGAUGUAACGCGGGAGGCAUCCAUGAGGAAUACCAGCUACCAUACUACGACCUGGUGCCCUCUGACCCUUCUAUAGAAGAGAUGAGAAAGGUGGUGUGUGACCAAAGACUGCGACCCAACGUGCCCAACUGGUGGCAGAGCUACGAGGCGCUGAGGGUGAUGGGCAAGAUAAUGCGCGAGUGCUGGUACGCUAACGGAGCAGCCCGACUCACAGCGCUGCGCAUUAAGAAGACUCUCUCGCAGCUCAGCGUGCAGGAGGAUGUAAAGAUGUGAGGUGCACGGGUUACGACGUCCCGCAGAGGCGCACAGCAAAAUGACUUGACAAAAUCCGCCUGCCAGUUUCACAGUUUUUUUUUAAGGCUUGUGACAGGGACUACCUCAUCUUUUUAGCCAAAACUACUGAAAAGAUUGCCACUCCACUCCAGAUCCAGCUCGAGCUGUUACUACUGUCCUCCACUGGCUCCUAAACAGACACGUGUCUGUCAGUGUCCAUCUCCAUACGCCAACCUGCACUGCAUGAACUGUUGUUUCUCUGGCAGGAAUCGUUUAGAAACUGUGAUGGGCCCUUCAGAAUGAACUAUUUAAAAGAGCAUGGCCAUAUACGCGUUAUGAUUUUUGUGUGUUUGCUAGCUCAUACACUACGCUGUACUCUGUAGCCCUGCUGUGCUGGGAUCCCCUCCUGUUUUUAUCUGCUUGUAGAAUUAAAAACGAUCAUAAAGCAACCGAGCUGUGGGACCCCUCGAGGCCACUGCUUAUCCGUUAAAGAAAAUGAAUUGCUAAUGAGUUAAAUGUGACGCUCUUCACAUGGAUUAACAGUUAUGUACCUGAUUAAGAUUGUGACUUACGUUACUGUAUGAAAUGUUGUGUAGCAGAUGUUCAGGUUAUAUCAUUAUUAUGAUUUGUUUUUACAGGGAUUAUGCCUCCUCCCCGUUUUCCUAUUUAUUUAGGUAUGAUUUUUUUUUUUUUUAUGAUGUAGCUCUUUGACCCUGUGAGACUCUUCAUGUUUAUUCAUGUUCUAAUUAUACAAGUUACAGAUUGUUAUUAGAAAACCAUGAUUUCAGUCCGUGCUGUGUACAGACCAAACUGCAAAAGUGUAGCUUAAUUAUCAAUGUUGUGCUUUUUAUUUCAGGUUUUUUCUUUGUAAUUAACUGCACUAAUGAUUUUAAACUGAAUUCAGGUUCUGCUUUUCUAGAACACGAUUGUUUGUGCCACAUUCGGACGCCUCCUGUAACUGUUUCGUGUAAAAUAAUGCAUCUCUGCUUAUUUAUAAUGUACCAUUUAUAAUCUGCAACCUUUUAUGAUCUGUUUAUCAUACGUUUUAUCAUUUUGUUUGAACUGGAAGGUACUACUGACUGGUUUUGUGCAUGAAUGAAAAUGUCUGUUGCCUGUUUAAAAACGUAUCUGCGCUGUUUUAUUUUGAAUUUUAAUGCACCGGUGUCUGACGCGUCUGUAUACUGUAUCGCUAUAUGUGGAAAGCUGUGCUUCCUAAUACGGGAAAGAUAAAUGUAAUGUGAGCUUUUAGUGUGUAAUUAAUCAGGGCGUGUGGUUUCGUAAAGACAAAGUGAAUCAUUCUUAAAUACAUUAUUCAUAAGUCCCUGUUAGAUGGCCCAGCUCUGUUAUGUUUGUAAAUAUAUCUAUAGCCUGGAAACUACAUCACAAAGCCCGAAUGGGUGGCACAGUGGGCUAAGUGGGUAGCACUGUCGCCACACAGCAAGAAGGUCCUGGGUUGGAUCCCCAGGUGGGGCGGUCCGGGUCCUUUCUGUGUGGAGUUUGCAUGUUCUCCCCGUAUCUGCGUGGGUUUCCUCCAGUCCGAAGACGUGCAAAUGAGGUAAAUUGGAGACACUAAAUUGUCCAAGACUGUGUUUGAUAUAACCUUGUAAACUGAUGACUCUUGUGUAAUGAGUAACUACCGUUCCUGUCAUGAAUGGAACCAAAAUGUGUAAAUCAUGACAUUAAAAUCCUACUAAACAAACAAAGCCAGAAUGUGUAUAAACACACAUGGUUUAGGCCAAAUUGCCUCAGGCGGCACAGGAGCGAGUCCUAUAGGCUGAGGUUUUAUGGCUAAAUGAGCCUCAUGCUUAAAUUUAACCAUGGUAAAUGGAACCUAGUGUAAAUUGAAGAAAACUUUGGCAAUUGGACUCAAGAAAUGCAUUCUCAUGAUCUGACAUCAACAGAUUAAGAUCUCUCCAGCUGUGAAGUUCGUUGUUGCUCAAUUACAUGGACACCAAACAUUGUCCACUUUAUUGUGUGUCUUGUUAAACGGAGAUGAAAACACAUUUAAUAAACUUCAGUUGAGAGUCUUUUCAGAAACACAGAAGCUUUUCAAAGCAGCAUAGUAAUUGACUCUGUUGAUUGAUUUUUGGCAUCAACAAAACUUUAAACAUGUAGAUUAUAGCUAAACUGAGAGAACUGCAACACUGGGUUUUUAUGUUGACCUUUCUAAAGAACUAUUUUCUUUAUAGCUCUCAUGGGUCUUACUGCAGAUAACUAAUACCAGUGAAAAUGGAAGAAAUGUGUUAGUCAGAUGUUAGGCCACUUACUGGAAGAACCACACUGGCGUGUAGACCGAAUGGUUGACAUGAUUGUCUAUGCUAGCUUAGUCACUGUAUGCAACUGAAACCAUGUAAAUUCAUGCUAAAUGCAAAUCCUUUUUGUGAUUCUUUGGAACUGUACAUAAUACAUUUUUUUUUCUUA